UCAUUCUAUGUCUGUCACAUAUGAGACCAAAAUAUUACAUCCACUUCGGACCUAAAGAUACUAGUCGGGUAAAUAUUUGCUGGAAAGUUUGUCAUUUGUUCAUAUAUAUCGGCCUUUUUAUCGUCUCCAUGGGCGGCAGCUUGGCCAUAUGGGAAAUCCUCAAUAUGUAUAAGUACCACUGUAUCUUAUACGCAAAGGUAGUAUUCAAAACUUACAUCCCUCGGCAGACGGAUGCUAUCAAACCGACAGAUGACUCUGUCGGCAAAGUCUCGUUCGUCAACGACACGCAACAUGAAUUUGACUGGAACAGCUGGUACGCAAGAGUGAAAAACCGGACGACAGGCAAACCUUUCCUCGAAGGAACAAUUUCUAUGAGAGAAACAAUUUUCGCUACUGACUUGAUGUGCAACCUGAUGCUGUUUCCACCUCUGGCGUCUGCCGUGACGUCGAUAUUUUUAGGGUUUUGGGUUUUGCUGAGCGCCAGAGGUGGGUCUGGAUAUCCCGGCGAUUUGAUGGCGAACCCCUGGAUGUGUACCUACCCUUUCCUGGGAAUUUGCGCAUUUAUGACGAUAUUGAGCGUGGUGUGCGACCGAUUAUUUUACAGAGGCCUCACCGCGUUUUGCCUGAACUACAAGCAGUUUACCAAAAGCGAUAUUUUUAGAUGUUGUUCUCAAAUGGACCAGUACACCAGACAAUUUAAUCUUGGGGAAGAAAAGCCAUUUUAUUUCUUCUACAUAUUGGGGAUGAUCAUGAUACAGCUCCAUACGGCACUCUGGAUACUUCAGACCUUGCUCUAUGUGAUGAGGAUACUUUGCCUGGUGGACUUUACGAUCUACUUGACCAGAAUUCGCCUCAACGAUGACGCGCAUAAAAUGGUGAACUAUAACGAUCUCGAUGACCUCCAGGUGAAAAGCGUCGUGCUGAAGUUCGUGGAGGAUAAAGAGAAAUAAACAGCAUUUUGUUUAACUUACGACCAAUAUUUUGGCGCCAUGAGGCUAGCU